GCCCCCUCCCCGCCCCAGCCCCCCAGGGCAGCGGGGCCGGGGGGGACCCGGGGGGCCGGCCGCCGCCUCCGCCCAGAGGAAACUUUACCCAAACAAAAUAUCAUCGAGCUUUCCGAUCGUGACUGUCCCGGGACAAGUGGCCCAGGACGGGCAGAAGCUACAGCCUGCAGAGACUCAGGAAGAGGAAAAAACGGUGAGCGGGGCCACUGCCGCCGCUUCUACCCCGGCAGCGCGGAAGAGACCCGGGUGGUUGCCUGGUGGAGCGACGCUUAGCACCGCUUCUUCCUCAGUUCUGCGCCGAGCCUUUCGCAGCUGCCGCCUCAGCCCGAAGGAGGAAGGGAGUCAGUCCACAUUGUCAGCGCCACCGCUCGUCUCUGAAGCGAAAUCUCAGCUAUCAACGAGACUUUUAAAAGGCUCUCUAAAUACUUGGUACGAGAAUUUCUUCUCUUUAUAACUUUUGUGAUCCCUCUACACAUUGUGUCUAGAAAAUCAGAAUGUGAAAACCUUUGCAUCUUCUGAUAGUCUAGCCAAGGUUCAAGAAGUAGCAAGCUGGCUUUUGGAAAUGAAUCAGGAACUGCUCUCUGUGGGCAGCAAAAGACGACGAACUGGAGGCUCUCUGAGAGGGAAUGCUUCUUCAAGCCAGGUAGACGAGGAGCAGAUGAAUCGCGUGGUGGAGGAGGAGGAGCAGCAGCAGCUGAGCUAUCAAGAGGAGGAGCACACUUCACGGAAUGGUGAACUUGUGGGGGCAGACCCGAGGCCUGGAGACCAGAGCGAUUCCCAGCAAGGACACGUGGAAGAAAACAAUAACCGCUUUAUCUCAGUAGAUGAGGACUCUUCGGGAAACCAAGAAGAGCAAGAGGAAGAUGAAGAGCAUGCUGGGGAACAGGAGGAGGAGGAGGAAGAGGAGGAGGAGGAGAUGGACCAGGAGAGUGAUGACUUUGACCAGUCUGAUGAUAGUAGCAGAGAAGAUGAACAUACACACAAUAGCAAUGUCACAAACUGUAGUAGUAUCGUGGACCUGCCCAUUCACCAGCUUUCUUCCCCAUUCUAUACAAAGACAACAAAAAUGAAAAGAAAGUUGGACCAUGGUUCUGAGGUCCGUUCCUUUUCUUUGGGAAAGAAACCAUGCAAAGUCUCAGAUUACACCAGUACCACUGGGCUUGUACCAUGUUCAGCAACACCAACAACGUUCGGGGACCUAAGAGCUGCCAAUGGGCAAGGGCAGCAGCGGCGCAGGAUCACGUCUGUCCAGCCACCCACCGGCCUCCAGGAGUGGCUGAAGAUGUUUCAGAGCUGGAGUGGACCAGAGAAGCUGCUGGCUUUAGAUGAACUCAUCGAUAGCUGUGAACCAACGCAGGUGAAGCACAUGAUGCAGGUGAUAGAGCCCCAGUUCCAGAGAGACUUCAUCUCCUUGCUCCCUAAAGAGCUGGCACUCUAUGUACUUUCAUUCCUGGAACCCAAAGACCUGCUGCAAGCGGCUCAGACUUGUCGAUACUGGAGAAUUUUGGCUGAGGACAACCUUCUCUGGAGAGAGAAAUGUAAAGAAGAGGGAAUUGAUGAACCAUUGCACAUCAAGAGAAGAAAAAUAAUAAAGCCAGGUUUUAUACAUAGCCCGUGGAAGAGUGCAUACAUCAGACAGCACAGAAUUGAUACCAACUGGAGGCGAGGGGAACUCAAAUCUCCCAAGGUGCUGAAAGGGCAUGAUGAUCAUGUCAUCACAUGCCUGCAGUUCUGUGGUAACCGCAUAGUGAGUGGUUCUGACGACAACACUUUAAAAGUCUGGUCAGCAGUCACGGGCAAAUGCCUAAGAACGUUAGUGGGACACACGGGUGGAGUAUGGUCAUCACAGAUGAGAGACAAUAUCAUCAUCAGUGGAUCCACUGACCGGACCCUCAAAGUGUGGAACGCCGAGACCGGAGAGUGCAUACAUACUUUAUAUGGGCACACUUCCACUGUACGCUGUAUGCAUCUCCAUGAGAAAAGAGUUGUCAGUGGUUCUCGAGAUGCCACUCUUAGGGUCUGGGAUAUUGAGACCGGCCAGUGUUUACACGUCUUGAUGGGUCACGUAGCUGCAGUCCGCUGUGUCCAGUAUGACGGCAGGAGGGUUGUUAGUGGAGCAUAUGAUUUUAUGGUCAAGGUGUGGGAUCCAGAGACUGAGACCUGCCUGCACACGUUACAGGGGCACACUAACAGAGUCUACUCAUUACAGUUUGAUGGCAUCCAUGUGGUGAGUGGGUCUCUCGAUACAUCAAUCCGAGUCUGGGAUGUGGAGACAGGGAACUGUAUUCACACGUUAACAGGACACCAGUCAUUAACAAGUGGAAUGGAACUCAAGGACAAUAUUCUUGUCUCUGGGAAUGCAGAUUCUACAGUGAAAAUCUGGGAUAUCAAAACAGGACAGUGUUUACAAACAUUGCAGGGUCCCAACAAGCACCAGAGUGCCGUGACCUGUUUACAGUUCAACAAGAACUUCGUAAUUACCAGCUCAGAUGAUGGAACUGUAAAACUCUGGGACUUGAAAACGGGUGAAUUUAUUCGAAAUCUGGUCACAUUGGAGAGUGGGGGGAGCGGGGGAGUUGUGUGGCGGAUCAGAGCCUCCAAUACAAAGCUGGUGUGUGCGGUUGGCAGUCGGAAUGGGACUGAAGAAACCAAGCUCUUGGUGCUGGACUUCGAUGUGGACCUGAAAUGAAGAGCAGACAAGAUGAGUCUUGUCCAACUCUGUAGACAAUAUACUCCUGCCCUCCCCCUGCGCAAAAAAACAAAAAAAAAAAACAAACAAAAAAACAAAAAGGAAAAAAAAACAAAAGAAAAAAAGAAAAAAGAGAAAAAAAAAAGAAAAGGAAAAAAAUCCCUUGUACUCAGUGGUGCAGGAUGUUGGUUUGGGGCAACAGAGUGAAAAGACCUACAGACAAGAAGGUGAGAAGGGCUGAAGAGACAGAGCCGUAACCGAGGGAGGCGGCGGCGCACCACCUGAAGGCUUCACUUCUGAUGAGGGGCAGCUUUGCAAAACGAGACUCUCUAAAUCCAACCAGGUGCAAUUAUUCCUUAUUUUCUUCUCCAGUGGUCGUUGGGCAGAGCCUCACCAAGACGUUGUUUCCGUCACCUCGGAAGGAGUGGCGGUGAUGUCCAAUCGUGUGUCAUCAGAGCUUCUGCAGCAAAGUCGUGUUUCUGAAGUGGGAAGCAGAAAGAAAUUACUGUGAAUUGCUUUUGUACAGUUACCAUGAAGCUUUCUUUUUCUUUUUCUUUUCCAUUUUUUUUUUGUUGGUUUUUUUCUUUGUUUUGUUUUUGCCAGCCAUUGCCAAUGUCAAUCAAUCACAGUAUUAGCCUCUGUUAAUCUUCUUCCUGUUGCUUCCAUAGCCCCUCUUCAGUGCGCAUGUCGCGUUGUCCUGGGUUCCGAGUCCUGAGAUGGAUUUAGUUCUCGACGCUGGUGCUAGAAGUAGGUCUCCACGCGUGGGGUCGUUGUCCCGCCCUGUACUGUACUCCAGUGGCCAAACUUAUUUAUGCUGCUAAAUGAAAGAAAGAAAGAAAAAACAAAUUAUUUUUUUUUAUUUUUUUUCUGCUGUGACGUUUUAGUCCCAGACUGAAUUCCAAAUUUGCUCUAGUUUGGUUACAGAAAAAAAGACUUUUUGCCGCUGAAACUUGAGCCAUCUGUGCCUCUAAGAGGCUGCGAAUGCAAAAGUUUCAGAUACUAAAGAGUGAAGUUUGCCUGCAAAUAAAGACUCGAGAGCGUGUGCAAAGCGUAUUUUCUGUUAUCUGGGCAAAAGUAAAACACAUUCCUUGGGACAGAGCCUGAGGUGCCUGUUCUGCGGAGAAGCUUCUUUGUUGAGGGCUGUGGUGAAUGGAUGAACGUACAUAGUAAAACUGACAAGAUAUUUUAAAGAUAUAUAGAAUACAGAAUAAAGGAAGUUGCUGGUCCGUCGUAGCAUCUUACAGUAUUCGGGAAAACAACUGUUACAGUUUCACUGCUCUGAGUAACCGACGCGAGAGGAUCACCCGCGCUGUAGUGAUGGCGUCCAAGCAGGCCAGCGCGGCGAGCGAGCGAGCGAGCGGAGUCAGGUCGUCUGCCUCAUUCACCAGGAGCCGUAACUCAAGCUGAACUGUGAAAGUGGUUAACACUGUAUCCUAGGCAGUCUUUUAUUUCCUCCUCCUGUUUAUUUUUUUGUUUGUUUUAUUUAUAGUCUGAUUUUAAACAAUCAGAUUCAAGUUGGUUAAUUUUAGUUAUGUAACACCCUGACGUGAUGGAGGAAAACAACCUUUAAAGGGAUUGUGUCUAUGGUUUGAUUCACUUAGAAAUUUUAUUUUCUUAUAACUUAAGUGCAAUAAAAUGUGUUUUUUCAUGUUA